AUGCCCAUAUACCCAUCCGAACAAUUUCGUCCGGGUCAACCGACCCCUGCUCCUCGCCCACAGCGCCCGGCUCCGUCUCUUAAGGGACACCCGGAUAUCCGAUCGACAAAGGAGUAUAAGCUUGCUGCACGGCGGUGGACAUCGACUAUUGUCGCUUUGCCGUUUCUUAUGUAUACAUCUUAUAUUCUCUAUGAGCGGAGUAAGUUCUUCUACUCCCUUCCUGGGAAAUUCGACAACUGUUGGCCGGCUACGUUCUUGAAUGCUGAUCUUUGUUUCUAG